AUGGUUGUCAACGACGUGUUAAUCAACCACGGAGGGGGAGGAGGAGCUUCAGGGUCUCCUUGUCGGGGGCGGCUGCAGGGGAGGACAUUAUCGGCGUUGGGGGGGACAGAGGACGCUGCGGGGGCGGAGGCGGCUGUGGUGGCCCUCCGCUGGUCGAACUUCGAGAGGAGCGAGUGUUCGAGCGGCCUCUCGGCGGAGUCGGCGGUGAAGGCGCCGAAGGAAGUUCGGUGGGGGGGUCACGCUCAGGCUCUGACGCAGGGUCUGGAGGGAGAUCUCCUCGCGUUUGACCUGGAUCGACGACAGUUUGAGGGAGGCGGGAGCUGGGGGAGACAGGGCGAGAGUGCCUCGAGGCAGAUCGAGAUGCAAGGGUGCUUCGAGGGCCGAGCGGAUGUUGUGCUCGCCGGAUUGCCUUGUAGUGCGGGUAAUCUUCCGCGAUCGAUCGGGGUGUCCGGUUGGGGCACGGCUGCUGCUCACAACGGCAGCCACGUUGGAUGGGGGAAGGACGGGAAGGAACCAAGGCUACGCGUCCGUGAGGACAAGUACCGCUCACUGAAGCGCAGGUAUAGUGAGGGUGCGCACCACCCGACCUAUAGGAGAGGAAGGUCGAGCGACAGGGGAAACACAGACUUGGAAGGAUGCUGGGGGCGUUUGACUGGGUCUUACCAAAGCGAUGGGCAGGCUGUGCGCGUUGGUCCGUGCGUGCUGGUCCGUGCACAGCAUGCCGACGCGGCCCCGGGGGCCGUAGAUAACGAUGCGUCCAUAUCAGGCAUGUAG